AUGUCCCAAAUUACAGUCAGUGUCAUAUACACGGUCUGGAGCUUCCUUGACGUUGGCACGCCUGAAUAUUUGACACUUUACAUCCAUGGAUUACACAAUAAUUUGCUUCAACUGUCGUCACAUACUGUUGAGACGGUCCAAAAAUCAGCGUCACUUGUACUCGAUCGUUUGCCUAAGCAUUUUAAGGAGUUCUAUGGGAACAACUACGAAUCUAUUAAACCACUUUGGAAAGCUUCCCUGGUAGAAGCAAAUUUUCCAAGUAAAGAUGUAGAGAUGAUCAUGUCAAUGCGCAAACCUGGCAGUUCGGUAUUUCCAAAACAGAACUUAGAGAUUAUGGAAGCAGUUCUGUCAUUACAAGGAUCACAAGAGGAUGAUAAGGAUACAAUUACGAUCUACAAGCUAGAGGCUAUUAGUGUAAUUUGUGAGGACAGAGGGAAAGAUUUUCUUCCUUGCACCAGCAUUGUCAUGCCCCUUUUGUUUCAAUGUGCUCAACUCGAACCUGAUAAAAUCAUAUUAUCUCCAGAUUCAGACCAUACUUGUUUAGCUGAUAAUAGUAUACACAGAGUCAAGGUUGGCAAUUCAACGAUAUGUAUAAAAGAAAGUUCCCUAAAGAAGAAAGCUUUAGCAUGUAAAGCCCUAGUCAUGGUUGCUUACAAAUCGGAGGAAGAGUUUUACCCAUGGAUUUUCCAGACUGCUUCAAUUUUAUUUCCACUUUUGAAAUUCCAUUUCAAAGAGGUCAGGUUCCAUACAGUUGAAGCGAUGAAGCACCUUUUGCAAUCUGCUAAACUGGCAGAUGAGAAAGGGAUUGCUCCAGGUGAAAGCCAUUCGAAUUUCAAGCAGUUUUCGGACAGUAUAAUACUGAAUUUGGUGGAAGCUUUGCAUGAGGAGCAGCCUGAAACAAAGAUAUAUGUACAUAUGUUGAAUACAUUACGACUGUGCCUUCAGAUAUGUGGACCACUUCUCAAUGAAGAUCAGCUUCGUCCGGUCGUGGAUGAGAUAAAGCAUGUCAUUACAGAAAAUUUAAAUAGCCAAGGAAAACUCACAGAGAGAGAAAAAACAGAAGACUUCGAUGCUGAGGAAGCUGAAUUGCUGAGAGGGGAAAAACAUCGACAAGAUAAAAUAUUUGUCCUUGCUGGUCGCAUAUUACGUAGACUAAUCGAAUCAUUCAAGGUUGUUUUCUUGCCUUACUUUGACGAGCUAUCAUUAUAUCUGAUUCCGAUGUGGGGCAAAGAAAUGACAAUUCGAGAGAGAUGUACAUCACUUUUUAUCUUUGAUGGUCUUGUGAAGCAUUGCUCUGAAGCAGCUCUAAAGUACUGUGAUGUAUUUCUACCUUUGCUUCUGAAAGCAAGCAAUGACGAAAACCCAACAGUUAGACAGAAUGCUCUAUAUGGACUUGGGCUUUAUGCAGAAUAUCAUGGUUCUGUUUUCAAACCUUUUGUUAGAGAGGCUAUGUCACGGAUCAAUGUAGUGAUAAUGCAUUUACGUGCUCGUGAACCUGAGAAUGAACAUGCAUAUGAUAAUGCUGUUUCUACCCUUGGUAAAAUAUUUCAGUUUCAUCGAGAACUUAUCGACUCAGCCCAGGUCAUUCCCAUUUGGUUGAAUUGCCUGCCUAUAAAAGGUGACCUUGAUGAAGCCAAAUAUGUUCAUGGUCAACUGUGUUCCAUGGUUGAAAGGUCAGAUAGAGAACUUUUGGGUUCCAAUUAUGAACACUUCCCAAAAAUUAUGUCAGUUUUUGCAGAGAUUCUAUGUGGUGGAAAACAUCUUGCUACAGAAGAAACAACAAAGUGUAUGAUUAAUCUGUUGAGGAAUCUUCUUAAAGAACUACCACCAGACACUUUGACAUCAGCAUGGUCAUUGAUAUUGCCUCAGCAAGAAAUGGAACUAAAAGCCAUUUUAUUUCCUGGAAUACUUCAUGUGGUACGUUUUCACAACAAAACAUUUUGUAUGCUUGACACUGAUACCAAUGAAAGCUCUCCCCCUUACUCUUUACCAUCCAAAAUUGUCAAACUUCUUGAGGAAGAACACCAGAAAAAUAGUAUUAUUGUUCCACAAAUGUAACUUAUAAACCAUAAAUUGUUUCUUUAAAGUUUUGUAUCAUUUAAGUAUACAAGAUGAUACUAUAGUUGAUUUGUGGGGAAUUGAAUAUGUAAUUAUCAUUAGACUAUCUAUUUUAUAUCUUUUUAC